AACCACCAUCUACCCUCAUCCAUCUCACAUCCAACUCUUCAACACUCGUCAUGCAGAUCUUCGUUAAGACUCUUACUGGCAAGACCAUCACCCUCGAGGUGGAGUCCUCGGAUACCAUCGACAACGUCAAGGCCAAGAUCCAGGACAAGGAGGGUAUCCCUCCCGACCAGCAGCGCCUCAUCUUCGCCGGCAAGCAGCUCGAGGAUGGCAGGCCCCUGUCUGACUACAACAUUCAGAAGGAGUCCACUCUUCACCUCGUCCUCCGUCUUCGUGGAGGCAUGCAGAUCUUUGUGAAGACCUUGACCGGCAAGACCAUAACGCUUGAAGUCGAGUCGUCGGACACCAUCGACAACGUGAAGGCCAAGAUUCAGGACAAGGAGGGCAUCCCGCCCGAUCAGCAGCGCCUUAUCUUCGCUGGUAAGCAGCUCGAGGACGGCCGCACUCUUUCGGAUUACAACAUCCAGAAGGAGUCCACUCUUCACCUUGUGCUCCGUCUCCGCGGAGGUAUGCAGAUUUUCGUCAAGACAUUGACGGGCAAGACUAUCACCCUCGAGGUGGAGUCUUCCGACACCAUCGACAACGUCAAGGCGAAGAUCCAGGACAAGGAGGGCAUCCCUCCUGACCAGCAGCGCUUGAUCUUCGCUGGCAAGCAGUUGGAGGAUGGCCGUACCCUUUCCGACUACAACAUCCAGAAGGAGAGCACUCUUCACCUGGUCCUCCGUCUCCGUGGUGGGAUGCAGAUCUUCGUCAAGACCCUCACGGGUAAGACGAUCACCUUGGAGGUUGAGUCGUCGGACACCAUCGACAACGUGAAGGCUAAGAUCCAGGACAAGGAGGGCAUUCCUCCCGAUCAGCAGCGUCUCAUCUUUGCGGGCAAGCAGCUUGAGGAUGGGCGUACGCUCUCGGAUUACAACAUUCAGAAGGAGAGCACCCUCCAUCUUGUCCUCCGUCUCCGUGGUGGCCUCUGAGCGCUGUGCUGCGCCGCCGCUCUGCCGGUCGUUGUCGGGUUGUUAAGUCGUUACGAUCAUGGAUGUAUCAUUGUAUCAGUAAUGUUAGCUCGUUUGGAUGGU